UAUGUAUAUAUAUAUGUAUAUAUGUAUAUAUGUGUAUAUAGAGAGUCUAGCAAGCAUCAUAUUAGCUGAUAUUCUCAGGACUGAAACAUCUGUUGGUCGUUUAUUGAUCAGCAGAAUACUCGUGAUGUGGAACCAAAGUUCAAGUUCUGUACUUUUAGCCGUACGCCGUUAGCAACAUGUGCUAAUGUUAGCCCAACAAACUGAUUGGCUGUGAGUCGGUCACAUGACGGAGAGAGUAAAUAUAAAGUAGGAGCUAGAAGACGUCUGGAAACAUGAAAACACACAUUCAGCAGCAGAUGUGUCCAUCACCACCAUGAAAAAACACAAAAAGAUAUUUUGUAUUUUUAGUUUCAUAUCGGUUUUAUAAUCUGUUGUGACCUAUGGCCUUCUGGGAAAAUGUUAGUUCAGUGUUCCUAAAAUGUUAAAAAUGUUCCUUAUUUUAUAGUGAAAAUAGUUUGCCAAAGUUUCCAGAGGACGAAAUGUUCCUUUAGUCUCCAGCAGGUGGACAGUUUUCAUCUGUGACACUUUAACACAAAACAAACGGAUCCUGAUGCUUUUGUUUUCCCACUGACCGAACCGGGACUUACUACUAACUACCGUUACAGCCCUGUGACAUGUGACAUACCACGUGACACCUGACAUACCAUGUGACACUCAACAUGUCAUGUGACACCUGACAUACCAUGUGACAUGUCAUGUGACAUGAGACGUACCAGCAGACAUGUGACAUGUCAUGUGACAUGAGACGUACCAUGUGACACUCAACAUGUCAUGUGACACAUGAGGUACCACGUGACUGAGCAAGUUGUCCGCUUUGAACGUUCUCUCUCUGUGUUCUGUCUGCAGCUGGGAGAACCACCACCAACGAAGAACUAGAGGACAUGUUGGAGAGUGGCAAGCUGGCCAUCUUCACCGAUGAUAUCAAAAUGGACUCUCAGAUGACCAAGCAGGCUCUGAACGAGAUCGAGACCCGACACACCGAGAUCAUCAAGCUGGAAAACAGCAUCCGCGAGCUGCACGACAUGUUCGUGGACAUGGCCAUGCUGGUGGAGAGCCAGGGAGAGAUGAUUGACAGAAUUGAGUACAACGUGGAGCACUCCGUGGACUACGUGGAGCGAGCCGUAUCUGACACCAAGAAGGCCGUCAAAUACCAGAGCCAGGCCCGCAAGAAGAAGAUCAUGAUCAUCAUCUGCUGCGUCAUCCUGGGCGUGGUCCUGGCGUCAACCAUCGGCGGCACGCUGGGCUUGUAGAGACGCUCCGUGAUGACCGACACCGACCGACCGUCCGACCGCCAGCAUAGAAAAGAAAACGCAGACGACGACAACAACACAAAAAACUUGAAACACAAAUGCAAGACAGAUAAACCAAUCAGCUAGGAAGAGAUAACAAUCCAAUCACAGAUAGAGGAAACAGCGUGGGGUUGGGUGGGGUUCAAAAAACAAAGACAAAAAAAACCACAAUAAAAAACGCCAUCACAUUAUAGCUGACCUAAAUACAUAACGUAUAGAAAAAGAAGGAAUAAACCUACUAUUUAUUACAGAUGUACAUGUAAAUGUAUUGAACAUAUGAAGCAACACAUGGGUUAGCUGCCUGUAAAAAAAUAUGAUGACCUAUAAUAUGACAUUUACUUGUUUGUUUGUUUUGCCUUUUUUUUCUUGUUUUUUAACAGUUGCUUUUAGUUUUUUUGGGAGUCUCUCCGAGGACAGUGAUGGUGACGGCUGCUGGGUGAGAGUUCUACGGGACGAGCGUUCCAAGAGCCAGAACCUUUUAUUUGUUCCUUACACCUGUGGAACCGAGUGCAUUCUAGAACAUCGCAGAACACGUUCUCUGUGAAUGAGCUCGCCGUUCCGCUCAAGUGUUGUCCUUCUAGAGGACAUUGAACUCCUGACAGAGAGAAAGAAAUCCUAUCGGCUCUGGAGCUCUGAACGGAAUGCUGUCAGUGAUGCCGGAACGUUCUGGAAUGCCGGAACGUUCUGGAAUGCCGUCCCGCAGGACAAGCACCCCGCUGUCUUUGGUAGAACCAACUGUGGUCCCCUCAUUUCUGGGAGGGAGGGACCGUCCUCUUUAGACCACCUCUCAUUGGUUGCUCACUCCUGUCAUUCACCUUCAGUCAGCCUAUUAAAUUAGCUCAGACUGGCAAAGCCCGACCUGCCACGCAGCAUUUAUAAAAAACGACAAGGGAAGAAAGAGCAGUGACACGCUGCCCACUUUGAGAAAACACAAUGUGUGUGUGGGUGUGUGUGUGUGUGUGGGAGGGAUGGUGGGGGGUGUCAUUGCAGCGUGGCAGGUUUCCACGACAACAGCCUCCCCUUCUUGUCACAUCUAUCCAACCAAAGAGCGGGGGGGAGGGCCUCUACUUUACCUGCUGAAUUUGAUUUGAAAACGUGACAUUUGACUGACAGGUGAACGGUGGGAAGGAAAGAAAGGGGGGAGGAGGCGGGGUUGAAGGAGCUGGGAGGAGGCGGACAGUCAAUCUAUGCAGUUUAGAUGAGAGGAAGACGACUUGUCCCGCCUCCAUCACCCAAUGAGGAUCGUGGGGUCACACUGAUAAAGGUCACACCUGUUCUUAAGGACGAUUCUUAAAAAAUGAAGAGAACACAUUAAAAAGUAAAGAAGAAGAAAAACUCAAACAUAACUUUAUAAAAACGAACAAACAAGCUAAGAGAUGGACAGAAAUCGUAUAAACCCCCUGAUGCUGGCGUGCCCUGGUUACCUGAGUGUCGUGGUAAAAAACAUGUUUUUUUAAGUUUGUUGCUUCGUUGUUCUGUGGUGCUGCUGUUCUUUAGUGCGUGCGUGACGUGUCCCGUGACGUAUCGGCCUGACAUCCUUUAGCUGGUUUCACUGUUUAGUCCGUAUUGGUUUUGAAGUAUCCGCCUGGUUUUCCUCCCUGCAUCCCUUCCGCCCCCGAGUGUCUGUUUUUUGGGGGAUUGUGACACGUGAUUCACAACCUGUUUUUAAGUGAGUUGCACAGGUGCUACUGAACAGGAGAGGCUUCCUAUUGGUGGAUUUUAACCCUCCAUGGAAGGUGGUACAUGUGACACACACACACGUUCACAUUACAUUCACGAUACGUUGCAUGAACACCUCGUAUACAUUGAACGUCUCACACAGACAUACUGGAAACCCCCCCGACACACACACACACACACACACACACACUUGCCCUGCAUUACAUAUCACACCAGUGCUAGACUGGGUCGCUUAGCAUGCUAUAGCGUUAGCUCGUGUUACAUGUAGAUCGUGUAGAAGCUGCUUCUUGGAGAUUGAUCUCAAGUUUUCUGGUCUUUUUUUAAAUAUUAAAGACACUUUCCGUGUGUCUGGACCAGUGUUGGGGAAAGAAUGAAGCUUAAGAAAUACAUUCGUGACAUUAGUUUUUAUUCGGUUACUCGUCUUUUCCAGAGUGUUUCUUUGCAAAUUUAAUCUGAAAGUUUUUGGAAAAGGUUUAGUCUGUCAAACUAGCUAAAUUCCUGUUGGCCUCUUUCACAAAUAUGUAGCAAAUAGCAAAAAUCUAUCUUUCAAAAUGUAUUUACUGUAUAUCCGAUUGCGUUAGCAUUAGCUGUUAGCUGUGUGUCUGCACAGGAAGACAAGGACUUCACUCUGCUUCUUUUUUCUUUUACACCAAUGAAGCUUUGAUAGAAACUAAUCAUUUGAAGUCAGCUAAUCUGAAUUUAACGUGUUAAACUUCAACACUGCUCCAGAUCGUGGGCAACACACACGUGUGCGUUACGUUCGUCGCACUAGCAUGUUUUGUUUCAUUAAUGUGGUUUUCCGUGUUGAGAAGUAACAUCAAAUGUGCGUGUUGCCUUCCAGAACUAGGACACACGGGGGUGUGUGUGUGUUGAAAAUGACUACACAGUAUUGCGACUUUUAUUUCGUGGGGGUUUAAGGAGGGAGCCUACGUCUGCCCUCUGUUGAGGCCCCACGCCGGACCGUCCUUUCCACGUCACAAUCACUGUCAGGGUCAACAAACACCACCUUAAACUCCACUACACUCUGUGUCAAAGCAAUAAAGUCAGUUUGUUAUCGCUAAGUUUUAUUUGACAGAAAAAAGUGUUGGCUAGCUAGCUAAACCGUGUCUAGACUGAACCCGACGUAAGAGUUGCACAGUGGACGGAGUCGUUUCAUACGAUAUUCACGUGAAACUCUUUUAUUGAAGCGUCGACUACCAAGUUACAAAAUAUAUCUGCUUCUUUACGCUCCACUUUACAACUCUUGUUGCUCUGGGAGGCUUCGUUUUGGCCCAGAAGCUAACGUUGUUAGCGUACAUUCUGUCCAACGACGCGAGGCAACGUUAGCUUCCUCGGCUAACGGUACUUUCCAGGCUGCCAUGGCGACGUGUCGACACGAGGAAGCGACCGCUGCUUUGUUUGAAUAUGUGUGUGUGCAUGUUUUCUUGGGAGUCGUAGUAGUUGGCACCGUUAGUCGUAGAUGUCUGUGAUGCUGUAUUAGUCGCUAGAUGAAAUAAAAGAACAAGGACUUUUUUAGCUCCAGGUUUGGAGAAGAGUGGAGGUGGGAGUUUGUUUUAUUUUUAUUCUUUUGACUUCCCAAAACUUAACUUCUGUGUUCACCAAAGCUUAGCAAACACCCCCUAAACCCCUCCAAGCAGCAAAAUCCAAUAGAUGUGUGUUUAAAUAAAUCGUCAGUAGAUUUAGAAUAAUUUAGCACUUUUUUCUCUGCUGUUGUGUUGUCAACGUUCAUGGCUUCAUUCUGUCUUUCUGAGUGUUUUCUAGACUGUAUAGUUCAGACACUGAGUCUAAAAGGGAUUAAAUAUCAAAUCAUGUUUGCACCAGGUGUCUU